AUGUGACGGUCAUGUGAUCUAACUUACCUAAAACUAGAACGCACGGCAGCCAGGACUCGAGUGUGUGUGGGACAUGUCUGGCUACUCAGAGCAGAUCCCGGACCGGGAGAAGAUACGAAUCAUAUCUAACUUCAUCAAAAGUGCACCUCCUGGAGAAUUCAAUGAAGUAUUCAAUGAUGUGAGGGUGCUCUUGGACAAUGAUCAACUCCUGAAGGAGGGAGCAUCAAGUGCAUUUUCCCAGUAUAACAUGGAGCAAUUUACUCCAGCUAAAGUCAACGAUGAUACGGUUCUGGUAACCACUCAUGGCCAAGCAGAGGGCUCAAAGUAUCUUGACCCAAGAAACAAACUGAAAUUCAAGUAUGACCACCUUCGCAAGGAGGCCAGUGAAGCAUCCUCAGCUACAGUUGAUGACCAUGCAGAGCCAUUUCGAGCAGCGCUAGAUAAGUAUGUGCAGGGAUAUGUGAAAGACCACUACCCCAAUGGGAUUGUGACGGUGUACAGUUCAUCCAGUGGUGGCCAAAUCAAACUGACUGUCUGCAUAGAAGAUCACAAAUUUAGCCCAAGAAACUUCUGGUAAUCUGCUCAGUCAAAGUUAUGAAUCAAUGCCUUUCGAUUGCAAUGUUUGUCUGUUAGGAAUGGUCGGUGGAGAUCUGAGUGGACUGUGACAUUUACCCCAGGAAGUUCAGCAGAGCUAAAGGGGUUGAUGAGAGUUCAGGUGCACUACUAUGAGGAUGGAAAUGUCCAACUGGUCUCCAGCAAGGAAGUAAAAGAAAGUGUGAAGACUAGUGCAGAAGAGGGCACUGCGAAAGAGGUGGUUCAAGUGCUGUCCUCUAUUGAAAGUGACUACCAGUCUGCCAUCAGUGACAAUUACAAAACAAUGAGCCAGACAACCUUCAAGGCCCUGAGACGAGCUCUACCUGUAACACGUACUCGUGUUGACUGGAACAAGAUUGCAGCAUACAACAUUGGAACUGAGCUCAAGGGAAAGUAGCUUGCUUGAAUGUCUUGACUAAGAAGAUUUAGAGCAACAAUUUAGCUUUAGAAUGUAUGUAUUGCCUCACCUGUGUACGUGUUUGUGUUUUAAAUGUAGAUUAUACAGGUUAUUUAUAGGAUAUCAUGCCUACAAGUUCAUUAUUGUAGCAAAGUAGGGAUCUCAUGGAAAUAGUAUGUUGACAGCAAGUAUCUGCCAAAAAGGGUAAUGAGUAGUACACACUCAAACAGCAAUCGCCCUAUUCAAGGUUAUGGUACAUCGCA